AUGCCACCUGCUGGUCAGGUGGUGACACUCCCUGCAUUUAUGGCGCCACUUGGGUCGUUGCAAGUGCCGGCAGGGAGGACGAUGCUCACAAGCCCCGGGCGCAGUGCAACAGAUGGGCGCGCCUCUCCGGCCGGCGUCGGUUCCGGAUCCCUGCACCCCACGCCCAGCCAACCCAACGGCACGAUGCUCACAAGCCCCGGGCGCAGUGCAACGGAUGGGCGCGCCUCUCCGGGCGGCGUUGGUUCCGCGACUGCCGGAUCCCUGCAUCUCCCGCCCAGCCACCCGAACGGCACGAUGCUGACAAGCCCCGGGCGCACCAUAAUAACUAAUGGGCACGCCUCUCCGGCUGGCGUGGGUUCCCUGCACCUCCCGCCCAGCUAUCCCAACGGCCUGGCGAGUCCUGGAGGCCUUCUGCCACCGCCGACAGCGAAGUCUCCGCCACCGAGUCAAACUCAAGCAGCACAGUCGCCCCAUCAGUUUGCUGCCAAGCUGCCGGCACACCCAGCGACUUUCGUUGGCACUCCUCCCCGUGCGGUCGGAGGCACAGGGCCCGUGCUUUAUCCGGGAAGCCCUGGACAGCUCAGCCCAUCGACUGGAAGUUUGGUGGCACCUCCUGCUUUGCUGUCGCCACAGAGCUUCAGCUUGACCGUCAAUCCAGCCCAGGCCUUCCGCCUAGAAAGCUGA